AUGACCGUCGCUGUGAUCGAGCAGCGUACCCUGAUGCCACUAAUUCGUCAUCAUAGGGUGCUUAUGCCACUCGUCCUUCCGCCCGAAAAACUCUCUAGUGGAUCUCAAAGGCUUCGCCAUUUAAGCUUCUUUUUCUUGGAGUUGUCUUCACAAAGGGCAGUAUAUGGGUGCGCGGCACCACAAUUGUGGUUUGGUGGUUUUGUGGAGAGUACGGCAGCGUCGCGACGCUGCUGUGAACAGCAGUGUCGCUACGCUGCCGCGCGACGCCUCCUACCUCUGCCAGCGCGAAGCCUCCCAUCUCCAUCCUUCUCUUUUUUUUUGAGUGGUGGUGAUUGGCGGUUCGGUGGUGGAGGUGCGGAGUGCUGUGGUAGUGGAAGUGUGUUGGCUGUGUUGGGUGGCGAAUCUGGUGGUUGCAGUGAGCUGUGGUCACGGUGA